CAUCUCCUUCCCAUCGUUGUCUCCAUUUUCCAAUUUGAAAAACCAUUAAAACAUAGAAGAAAAAAAUGGAGACACCACGGUAUCAAACACUUGUCUUCUUUUCAUUCUGUUCUCUCCUCAUAAACGCUUUCGCAAGUCUGCAUGAGGUUGCUCCUGUUAGCGAGAAGUUAGGAGUAGCAAGACAUCAACAAUGGAGAGUAGAAGGCAAUCCAGUCCUCUCUCAAAUCUGCAAAUCAACAGACUAUGUCGACCUCUGCAUCUCCUCCAUCAAACCACUCAUCCACGGCAAGACUGACACCGUCUCCGUCCUCGAACAAGCCAUUAAAGUGGCCAUUAACAACGCCAAGACCGCCGUCGCUGUUGCCACCAAAAUCUCCACCAUCCCCAACACUCCUCCAGACAUGAAAUCCAUCGCCAGCGAUUGCAAAGACAGUUAUGAAGACGCUCUUGACAACUACCAGAAGGCUUUGGAGGCUCUAGGCAUUAAAGAUGUUGGCACCAUGAAUAGCAUGCUCAGCGCGGCUAUUACUGACUCCAGCGAUUGCGAUGAUAGGCUUUCGGGGAACAAGUCGCCAUUGUUGGACUUUGAUUCCAAGAUGAAACAGAUGACCAGCAAUUGCCUUGCCAUUGUUUCUUUGGUCAAGAUGUGAGAUCUGUUGUUGAAGUGGCUCUUGUCUUUUUUUGUUCUUUUUCUUUUUUUGAAUGAGGGAACAGGUGCUGCAUGUAUUAUAUUACGCAUGUUGAGAAGAAAAGUGUUUAUUAUUAAUAAAGGAUGUUUAUUAAAAUUCCUUACAA